UCGCCUUGUAUACAAGUUAAUAUGGAUAUUCCACUGUUUUCUUUGUAUUCUGUGCUUCUUACUGCUGCUUCACUGAUAUUGUUCUUCUUCUUUCUAUGGAGAAGAGAGCAGAGGCUUUCUCUGCCCCCUGGGCCUAGUGGUUGGCCUAUCCUGGGAAACCUCAUUCAGCUGGGGAAAAGGCCUCACGAGUCUCUCUAUGCCCUCUCUGUGAAAUACGGUCCACUGAUGACUCUCCGUCUGGGCAUGAGAACAGUAGUGGUGGUCUCCUCUCCUGCCAUGGCCAAGGAGGUCUUUAAAACGCACGACAACAUCUUGGCGGGGCGGAUGGUGACAGAGGCACACAAAUCUCUUUCACAUGACAAGUCGUCCAUAAUUUGGGCUGAUUACGGUCCUUACUGGCGCCAUCUCCGUCGCAUUUCAACUGUUGAGCUCUUCAGCCCCAAAAGACUCGAAGCUCUGCAACAUCUCAGAAGAGAUCAAGUAUUUAGCACCAUUCGACUCAUUUUCGAGGACAAGGGAAAGGUUGUGAACAUCGCGCAUACGGUGUUCUGCACGUCCCUGAAUUUGCUAGGCAACAUGAUUUUCAGCACAAGUGUCUUUGAUCCUCACAAUCCAGCUUCUGCGGGGCUCAAAGAUACCAUCUGUGAAUUGAUGGUGGUCGCCGGAAAGCCCAAUUUGGUGGACUUUUUCCCGUUUCUCCGGUUCCUCGACCCCCAGCGAGUGUCCCGUGAGAUGGACAGGCUUUUCAAGGAAUUGUAUGACUUUUCUGAUACAUUCAUACAGAAAAGGCUCAGCCAAAGCGUUCAGCGUAAGGACUCGGACAAGGAUUUUCUGGAUGUUCUGCUGGACUCCAGAACUGAAGAUUUCACUCUAGUCGGUGUUCGAGCAUUAAUAGCUGAGAGUACUGAAAAGAUUAAAAGCAAAUUAAUUAGGGUAUAUAAAUAUAUCUCUGCUAUUUUCCAGACCUCUAAUUGUGAUCUAUGGUUUCAGGAAUUGUUUAUUGCAGGUACUGAGACGACCACUACAACAAUAGAAUGGGCCAUGGCAGAAUUGAUUCGCAAUCCACAGAAAUUAAACCGAGCCCGUCAAGAACUGGAUGAAGUAGUUGGUUGCAACCGGAAAGUGGAAGAAACUGACUUGGAUCGUCUUCCGUAUCUCCAUGCAGCCGUGAAAGAAGUAUUCCGAUUGCGCACGACGGGUCCUCUGCUUCUUCCCCACAAAGCCACAAGCAGCUGCGAGAUUGGGGGAUUUGUUAUACCCAAGGACACCCAGGUGAUGGUGAACGUGUGGGCUAUGGGAAGGGACAGUUCAAUUUGGAAGAAUCCUUUGGAAUUUACGCCCGAAAGGUUUUUAGAGGGUGAGUCGAAUAGCAAGAUAGAUUACAGGGGACAGGACUUCGAGCUGAUUCCAUUCGGAGCGGGAAGAAGAAUGUGUCCGGGGCUUCCAUUGGCAAGUCGUAUGGUUCAUUUGGUUUUGGCUUCUUUACUUCACUCAUUUGAGUGGAAACUUCCGGAUGGGAUGAGCUGUGAGCAGAUGGACAUGAGCGAUGAUUUUGGAAUUACAUUAAAGAAGGCUGCAGACUUGAGAGCAAUCCCGACGCCACGUCUCCCACAUCCCAUAUACUAGGGGCGCUCGCCACAUAUAUUACAUAUGGUUUUAGAGUUAAAUCUAAGGUUGUAGGAAUAUAUAUAACUGUGAUACAGCUGGAGUCCCUGCCUAUUUGUCUAAUUGUUUUGUGAAAAUAAUAAAAGAAUUAUUUGUUGUUUAGAUUUUAGAAGGAUCUUGGUGAGAUGAGAGUUCAAACUUUUAUCAGUGGUGAGGAACUAUGAAGAAUACUGCAAUCAGAAAUUGGGGAGGAAAUGUUCAUAAUUUUGAAACAAUAUAUUUUGCUGAAUGUUUUGUUGAAAUCUUCAGGUGCUUUU